UAUUGCUUCGUAUAUCAUAACCAUGAUAACCAAAACCAUUUAUAAAUACAAUAUCGCUUGAACGUUUGUUGUAAAUAGUACUAAUUUUGGUGAACGCUCAGGCUUAUCAAUCACAAUUUAUAAAUAUUGUAUUGUAUUUAAUGGAAUUAAGUAGUUGUUAAUUUCUCCUUUUGCAACAUUACGCGUGACCGGUUAUUUGUCAGUUUUAAGGUUAUAUUCUUUUUUAAAUUAGUGGAGUCUCACUAUGGAUGCGGAUCUAUAUGAUGAAUUUGGAAAUUACAUUGGUCCUGAUUUAGCCUCUGAUAGUGAAGAUGAAAACGAAUAUGGAAAUGCUGGAGAUGAUAUUGAUGAUAGAGAACGUUCAGAUGAGGAGAUGGAGGAGGAUAAAGAUGAAUCUAGAGAUCAAUUGGAACAAGGCAAUUCUAUGGCGGUUGUAUUGCAUGAAGAUAAAAGAUAUUAUCCUAGUGCAUUAGAAGUUUACGGACCAGAGGUUGAAACACUGGUGCAAGAAGAAGAUGCCCAGCCAUUGGACAAACCAUUAAUAGCACCGACCAGAAAACCCAAAUUCCAAAUAAAACAACAGCAACUUCCAGAUACAACAUAUAGUAUAGAAUUUCUGGCUGAUAUGAUGGAUGCACCACAUCUGAUACGAAAUGUUGUUUUACUUGGUCACUUACAUCAUGGCAAGACCACUUUAGUUGAUUGUUUAGUAAGACAGACCCAUCCCUAUCUACACAGUGUGACAGAUGAAAAACCACUAAGAUAUACAGACACGCUAUUUACGGAGCAACAGCGAGGCGUAUCAACAAAAGCGACACCCGUCACUCUGUUGCUGCAAGACGUGAAAUCCAAGUCUUAUCUUUUAAACAUAUUCGAUACCCCUGGUCAUGUAAACUUUUCCGACGAGGCGACAGCAGCCAUACGUUUAUCCGACGGUGCAAUAUUAAUCGUAGAUGCUGCUGAGGGUGUAAUGUUAAAUACGGAACGUCUACUGAAACAUGCGCUGCAAGAAAAGCUCGCGUUAACAGUUUGCAUAAAUAAGAUAGACCGACUAAUCUUGGAGCUGAAAUUACCACCGUUAGAUGCGUAUUAUAAAUUGAGACACAUCAUCGAAGAAAUCAAUGGACUGAUAGCGCUCUAUUCUGACAAUGAAAAUCCGUCCUUUGUGUCGCCGGCGAUCGGAAACGUUUGCUUCGCCAGUUCGGAGUAUAACGUUUGCUUCACCCUCAAAUCCUUCGCCGCACUCUACGCUAAGACACAUCCCACGUUAAACGCCAACGAGUUUGCGAAAAGAUUAUGGGGCGAUAUAUACUUCAAUUCUAAAACACGGAAAUUUACCAAGAAACCGCCACACAAUACGGCACAGCGCAGCUUUAUCGAAUUUAUUCUCGAGCCGUUGUAUAAAAUAUUCGCGCAGGUUGUCGGUGACGUCGAUACUACUCUACCCGAUGUGUUGGACGAAUUAGGCAUCAGAUUAACAUCAGAGGAAAUGAAGAUGAACAUCAGACCUCUAUUGAGGCUCGUUUGUACACGUUUCUUAGGAGACAUGUGCGGACUGGUUGAUAUGUGCGUAGCUCACGUUCCCAGUCCUCAAUCGCACGCACCGGUGAAGGUUCAGCACGUGUAUACAGGCCCGAUGGAUUCGCCUUUAGCACAGGAUAUGGUCAGCUGUGAUCCUGAUGGAAGGUUGAUGAUUCACAGCACGAAAAUGUACCCUACCGAAGAUUGCACGCUAUUCGUAGUCCUCGGAAGGGUGAUGUCUGGUACCUUGGAAGCAGGACAACGCGUCCGAGUAUUGGGCGAGGCGUAUUCGCGCACCGAUGAAGAAGAUUCCCGUGUGCUUACCGUCGGCAGAUUAUGGAUCAGCGAGGCUCGUUAUUCGAUAGAGCUGAACAGAGUUCCAGCCGGCAAUUGGGUUCUCAUCGAGGGCAUAGACAGACCGAUCGUUAAAACGAGCACGAUCACCGAUCUCAACAGUUCGGACGACCUACACAUCUUCCGGCCGCUGAAGUUCAAUACGCAGAGUGUGAUCAAGAUCGCGGUGGAGCCUGUGAAUCCGUCGGAAUUGCCAAAAAUGCUGGACGGUCUGAGAAAGGUGAACAAAAGUUACCCUCUGUUGGGCACCAGAGUCGAAGAAAGUGGUGAACACGUGGUAUUGGGAACUGGAGAAUUGUACUUGGAUUGCGCGAUGCACGACUUGCGUCGCAUGUACUCGGAGAUCGACAUUAAAGUGGCGGAUCCUGUAGUUGCUUUCGCGGAGACAGUAGUGGAAACAAGCUCGUUGAAAUGCUUCGCCGAGACGCCAAAUAAGCGCAACAAAUUGACGAUGAUCGCCGAGCCGCUCGAAAGGGGACUCGCGGAAGACAUAGAGGCAGAACACGUUCGAAUUACGUGGAACAAGAAACGACUGGGAGAGUUCUUCCAAACAAAGUACGACUGGGAUUUGCUGGCUGCCCGAAGCAUAUGGGCGUUUGGUCCAGACGCCACAGGACCCAAUAUUCUAGUAGACGACACCCUUCCAUCGGAAGUAGACAAGUCGUUACUGAACAGUGCACGAGAUGCUAUCAUUCAAGGUUUCCAGUGGGGCACUCGCGAAGGUCCCCUCUGCGAGGAACCGAUUCGAAACGUGAAGUUCAAGAUCCUAGACGCAGUCAUUGCCCAAGAACCUCUUCAUCGGGGAGGUGGGCAAAUUAUUCCGACAGCGAGAAGAGUAGCCUACUCUGCUUUCCUCAUGGCGACACCGAGGUUGAUGGAACCUUAUUUGUUCGUCGAAGUCCAAGCACCGGCAGAUUGUGUGUCGGCCGUGUACACGGUAUUGGCCAAGAGAAGAGGCCACGUGACCCAAGACGCCCCUGUUCCCGGAAGCCCGUUGUACACUAUUAAAGCAUUUAUACCAGCGAUCGAUAGCUUCGGGUUCGAGACCGACUUGCGAACACACACGCAAGGUCAGGCGUUCUGCUUGUCCGUGUUCCACCAUUGGCAGAUCGUUCCCGGUGAUCCGUUGGACAAGAGUAUCACGAUUCGACCGCUCGAGCCACAACCGGCCACACACUUGGCCAGAGAGUUCAUGCUGAAAACACGAAGGCGGAAAGGCUUAUCGGAAGACGUAUCCAUCAACAAAUUCUUCGACGAUCCUAUGUUGCUCGAGUUGGCGAGACAAGAUGUGCUUCUUAAUUAUCCAUUGUAAUGAACAGUUGUUGUAAUAAUUCCAUUGAUUAUUUAGUGUACAAACGUAACAUUAAAGAACUAAUUUUAUAUAAAA